UUCAUAUUAUAAAUAAAUCAGGAUUUAUAUGAUCCCUGGGACCAAAAGUACAAGAAGCAAAAAGUUGAUCAAGAAAUUUAGAGAGAAAAUGUACGUGACAAGGCCUCUUUCUAUGUAUCUAAGGGACCCUUCCAUGGUCACCUUGCCACCCCCAGAGGGUCCAAACUCAGGUAUUUUGGUUAUCCAGGAUGAAGAAGCGGAGCCAACAGUUUGCUUUGGUUUGUGUAAAGGCCACGAGCUCCAUGACCUGCCUUUCCCUCAGAACAAGAAUCUAAAGCUUCGCUAUUCCACAGGAGUGGGAGAAAACCGACAUGUUUCUCAUUUCUACACUGCCUUCAUUCCAGUUCUUAACCAGCCAUUGGCUUCGAAUCGGUACUAUGCUAUACAGUCGCGUGGAAGGCUUAAAGGGCAAGCAUACACCUGCUCAACAGAGGAGGACUUGGGAACCUGCUGCUUCUGCACUUUUGUAAAGGACGUACCCUCACAGCCUUUCAAUCCCAAUAACAUAUACCAGCAAUUUGAGAUCCAGCUCAAAGGAAGAUUCAAUCGUGGCUUUGUUGCCAAAGCCAUAGCUUCAGAUGGGUACACUCCGAAGUUUCUUGGAAGAAAAGGGUGGGAAAUAUAUACCUCAACUCCUCGUGACUUCGAUUUAGGUGAAGCACGAGGUCUUGACACUGCACUACGUGUCCGCCUUCCAGAUUUUGACUUCCCAUUAUCGCUUACAAGCUCGAACCCCGUGGUUGUGGGGAAGUGGUAUUGUCCCUUCAUGUUCAUUAAGGAGGGUACACCAAAAGAUCAAAUGAGUAGGACCAGGUAUUAUGAGAUGACACUUGAGCAAAGAUGGGAACAAAUAUUUGCAUGUGACAGUAGUAAUAAGGAAGGCAACGCUGUGGUUGUUGAUGUUUCUGUGCAAAGUGAGUAUGUUGCUGUUGCUGGGAAUGUGGAAGCUGUGCAUGAAGAGAGGGAUGUGGCUAAUGGGCUUAUGUGGUAUAAGGGUUUUAACAAUGUGGGAGGAGAGAGCGGUGUCGGGUUGAGCUUAGCAAUUGUGGAGAGGAUGAAGUGGGAGCAGCAAAGGUUUGGGUGGUUUGUGGGGAAUGAGAGGCAAGUGAGAGUGAAUAAAGUAGAGGAGUUUGGGGGAAUGGGAGGGUGGAGGAGAUUUAGUUGCUAUGUUUUGGUUGAGAGGUUUGUAUUGAAAAGAAUGGAUGGAAGCGUGGUCCUAACUCAUGGUUUUAGACACACUCAUCAUAUCAGGAGCAAAUGGGAGUGAGAUUUUUGCUCUUCUUUUGGUUUGGGGAUGGCAAAAUCCAUUUUGCCCUGUUUUGAUUAGUCCCCAUUGAUCCUUGGAGAUUAGUUAUUUGAUCCAAUGCAGUAAUAUUCUUUAAUUAUUUUAUUUUUGGAUGUAUUUCAUUAGCUUGGUUGAAAUUUUCAAGAUUAGCCGUCCACAAGAAGUUGAAGGUUAACUGAUUAAUCAAACUAUUAAAAUAAAUU